CACCCUCACCAAAAAAAGCGCGUCGCAUACUUAAAAACAGCACCCUAAUUCUUUUUAAAGUCAAUAAACACAGACUCGCUUCAACAAUCGAAUAGAGAUUAAUCUGUGGAUCACUCUACACCUUUGAGUGCUACUUCACCAAUCUCUCCUAACUUUUCCCCUCUUCAUAUCCCCCAAACCCCCCACGCAGAUUAAUAUCCAGCAUUGCAUUUGGGUUGGGAGAUUUGAAGCACGACAGCAGGAUACAUAUUCAUCUUCAAUUCAAUUCAAUUCAAUUUGUGCGUAAGAGAUAGACAGAGGAUGGCUUUGACUUUGAGAAAACCUGGUUUGAUUGCUUUGUUUGAUGUUGAUGGCACUCUUACUGCUGCACGCAAGGGGAUUACUCCAAAUAUGUUGAAAUUCAUGCAGGAUUUGCGCAAGGUUGUUACUGUUGGGAUUGUUGGAGGAUCUGACCUCGUUAAGAUAUCAGAACAGCUAGGGUCAACAGUAAUUAAUGACUAUGAUUAUGUGUUUGCUGAGAAUGGGCUUGUGGCCUACAAGGAAGGAAAGCUACUUGGAAAACAGAGCUUGAAGACUCAUCUAGGGGAUGACAAUAUCAAGGAGUUUGUCAAUUUUACCCUUCAUUACAUUGCUGAUUUAGAUAUCCCGAUAAAGAGGGGAACUUUUAUUGAGUUUCGAAGUGGGAUGAUCAAUGUUUCACCAAUCGGCCGAAACUGCAGUCAAGAAGAACGUGAUGAAUUUGAGAAGUAUGAUAAGGUUCAUAAUAUACGUGAAAAAAUGGUGGAAAUUCUUCGAGAGAAGUUUGCUCAUCUUAACUUAACCUUUUCAAUUGGUGGCCAAAUUAGCUUUGAUGCUUUCCCUCAAGGUUGGGACAAAACUUAUUGCUUGAAAUACUUGGAUGAAUUUGAAGAGAUUCACUUCUUUGGAGAUAAGACUUACAAGGGGGGAAAUGAUCAUGAGAUUUAUGAAUCUGCACGAACUCUUGGUCACACAGUUUCGAGCCCUGAUGAUACCGUGAAACAAUGUACUAGCCUAUUUCUCAACAACUAAGUUUGAGUGAAGGGGACAAACAUGUAAUUUUGGUUUUUGUGAAACUGUUUUAGGAAGCCAAGUCCUAAUAUGUUGUAAUCUUUUUGCUUCAUAGAGAUCGUCUACAUUUUAUAUAUUUGGUUUUCGUAAUUAUAUAUGAAAUUUAAAAUAUGAUGAAUGCAUUUGGUAUUAAAGAGA